AUGCAAGCAAAUCUGAUCAAGGACCGAAAAGUGCCCGUUAUUUUCAUUGUGGGUGAGUCUCACGGGUUCACAUUUCACAAUACCUCCUCCCUGUUUGAGAUAAAACCGACUGUGCGCUCCACCGACAGCAGUAACAAAAUUUUUUUGAAAAGUCGUUCAUUUCGACGAAUUAUUAUCUUGAUAUCAAGUUUUUUAUUCUUUUCAUGUUAAUGGUUUUAAAUUACAUUGUUGAUUGAGAGUAAGUUUUGAAACGUCAGAAAAAAGGACAAGACAAAAAUUCAGCAGUGAGAAAAAUGAUAGCUAAGAAACAUUAUUUUUUCCAGAUUUUGCGUUGAAUGAUCAAUUAAAAAUUUUAGUUGCGCAUUGCAUAUUAAAAAUGAUGAACAUAACAAAAUAUCAGUUUAUUAAAAAAAACCUAAAAAAGAACAAAAUUUGAGCAUGACAGGGUUUUUCCGAUGAAAAUUGCCUCUCGUGAAGUUGCGGAACCAAUACUCGAACUUCUCUUCAUCGCAAGUAUUCAAUCCACCCUUAUUGCUUUUUAAACGUCCUAAAAUUUUUUUAUUAUUUAAAAAUGUUUUUUUCAGACUAUCAUAGACUGACUUCGCCCGAUUUCAUUCAAAGCAGAAAUUAAAUAAAAACUUUUUCUGCACGAGAUUACAACAAAAUGAAAAAAAUGGAUGAAAAAAAAAUAAGAAAUAACAAAAAUAAUGAAAAAAAUUAUUCCGAAAAAUUAAAAUCUGUCAUCGGCGCGUUAUCGGUGGAGCGCAAUAUGUAGUCAACUAUUUUGCCAACGGUGGGCAAAAUUUUCGCAGCUCGCUUUUCGCUGGCAAUUUUUUCAUCAGCUCACUUUUCUUAGCUCGAUUUUCACAGCUCUUUUGACAUAUAGCCAGUAAAAAUAAUGAUGCGUUUCGAAUGAAGGUGGUCCUGGGUGCGGCAAAGGAACGCAAUGCGAAAGAAUCGUGGCCAAAUACGGGUUCACGCACUUGUCUUCCGGAGAUCUGCUGCGUCUGGAGGUGAAGUCAGGCUCCAAAAGAGGCGCGCAACUGCAGAAGACGAUGGAGGCCGGCGAACUCGUUCCUCAGGUCAGUCACCCCCCGACUCUAGUUUUCUAGCGCAAAAAAUUCUUAUAAAUUCAUAGGACGUGGUCCUGACGUUGAUCAAAGAAGCGGUUACGAAGGCACUCGCAGCUGGAAGCAAAGGAUUCUUGAUCGACGGCUACCCAAGAGACGUCAAACAGGGCAUUCAGUUCGAAGCUGAGGUUCGCUUCCAGUUCUCUCCUCCAUAUUCAAUAUGCGUUCAGAUAGGCAAGGCAAAAACUGUAAUUUACUUUCAAGCGAGCGAGGAAACUCUGGUGAAAAGAUUGAUGAAAAGAGCUCAAACCAGGUGAGAAUCCUCUUGAAACAUGAGAGAAUCAGAAAUAGUGGUCGGGCAGACGACAAUUUGGAAACCAUCCGAAAAAGGUUGAAGACGUUUGAAAGCGCCACUCGCCCUGUCAUCGAGCACUACUCCAAGGAAGGAAAACUCAUCAAUGUUAGUUCAUAGGCAGGUGAUGGAAAUCUCACCUUGCAGAAUAUACAAAGCUCUUUCUAAGCUUUUUCGGCUGAUAGAAAUUUUCUGGGUUCAGUUCCAAUUCAUAAUUUUUACUUUUUUUAAUUCAAAAAAAUAUAAAAUGUCCAUAAAAAAACGUAUCUAUCUGAAUAUCACACACUUUUUGCGCUUUAAAUAACUGGAUGAUUAAUAUUUUUGUAUGUCUUAUUGUAACCUUAAAUCGGUAGAUAAAUGGCGAAGGAAGUGUCGAAGACAUCUACAAACUCGUCUGCGCCCACAUCGACAGCAAAGUUCUCGUAUGA